AUGACUUUGUUCCCCACCAAGUUUGAAAAUGGGAAGAUUGAGUACAAGAUAAGGUACAAGGGGAGAUCAAGGCCAUUCUCUAGAGCCAAGGCCUUGGUGACUUCAGAACAGUCCAGGGACCCAACCAAGCUAAAGGAGCUUCUGUCUCAAGUCCUCACUAUCACCCUUGAUGGUGUCAAAGGAGCCAGCUCGACCGACAGCUCGAUCGAGCUAGAAACCAGGGCAACUCGAUCGAGUUCCACAACUCGACCAAGGGAGUUUGAGAUUGGAGUGAACCUUGUUCAAGAGGAGAAUGGCUCUCCAAGUGAAGAAGGAAGUGAUGAGACUGAGAGUGAAGAGGAAGGAGAAGAGGUCAAUCAAGAGAUUGAGGAGAGUGAGCAUGAGAGCAAUGAGAAUGUGCCCAUGGAGGAGGAGUCAGAGAAGAGGAUGAGCUCCCCAUAUGUGGAGCUGGUCCUCAAGAACAUGCACUUGGCCAAGUUCUCUUAUCACAUGGAAUCCUACAAGGAGCUCACUUGCGAGUUCUUGGCUUCAAUGAGGACCAAGUGGAACUUCAAGGAAAAGGAACUCCAAAGGGUUUGGGCUACAAUCGCUGAUGGAGUACUCUUCCUCAAGGUCAAGGCUGCUCAAAUCAGGAGCCCAGUGUUGAGAUAUGUGCACAAGGCACUUGCCAACACCUUCUUUGCAAGGAAGGCACCGGGACAAUCAACGAGGGGGAACUCAAGUUUCUUGACAUGGGAAUCAAGCCCAUCUCUCACGCACAAGCGAUGGCAAGAGGAUCAGGGGAGAUAG